AUGGCUAGUCAGAAUAUGGACGAGAAAUUCGAAUGUAUGCCAGCCCCAACAAUUGGUGGAGAGCCAGAAAACUGGGUCCCACCCGACACUUCAACUGAUCCCGAGCAAGGUGAUGAAGACAUGGACAAGAACGGUGACGAAAAUGCAAGCCAAAACCAAGGCAAUCAAGAUAACGUGGAGCCAGAAGACCAAAACGAAAAUGUAGCUGAUGUGCCAGACAACAUUGACUUCUCGGGGCUCUCCUUCCCCAGAAAGCUUUGGGUGAUAGUGGAGAACAACGUGUUCGAGUCUGUGAACUGGAGUGAUCAAGGAGACACUGUGGUCAUCCAGGAGGACCUUUUCCAGAGAGAGAUUCUUCGCCGGAGAGGCGCAAAGAAGAUAUUUGAAACAGACAGCUUGAAGAGUUUUAUUCGUCAACUUAACCUCUACGGGUUCAGGAAAAUACGCCCCGACAACUCCUCGGUUCCAUCUCAAGGAAAGAAGAUGAUGAUCUACCGCCACUCCAACUUUCAGCGAGAUAAGCCUCAGCUCCUGGAGAAGAUCCAGAAGAAAGGAUACCUCCAAAAGACCACUCUGCAAGCACCUGGAGAACCAGCGAUGAAGAAAAAGAAGCUGGUGGCUACAAGACAUUCCCCUCGAAUCCAUCAGAAUAAUGCCAAGAAGAAAGCUAAGCAACAGUCCCUUACAGGAGCCCCCAGUGUUCAGGGAACCAGUGGCACUCAGUCACACUUGCGCUCUGGAAUGUCUCCCAUGCGCAGUGCCACUGGAUGUCCCCAGGGAAACCGCUCCACUUUUGAGCCAAAUGGCUCAAGUGGGGAAGGUACCUCUAGCAGUGCUACAUUUACACCCAUAGCUACUGCUAGAAUGGAAAGCACAAGGGAAGGGCCUGCCAGCCUUCAGGAGUACCCAGAGUAUGCUUCCAUAGUAUCUUUAUACAACACCUGUUACUCCAUCCUGCUGGCUGCCCUCUCGGUUAUGUCUCCAAACGAGCCCCCUGAGAAUGAGGAGCCAGAGGACUCCUCAGAUUAUAAAUGUGCACUAUGCGAACAAUUCAAGAAUAAUCCAAAUCCAAAUCCUUGAGCUGAGGCCACUAAUGACCAAUAAAAAUUGCCAUAUUCUAACAAGGAACCUACUAUUGGUCUUAGUAAUGAAAAAUAAAAAGGCUAUAUGAGCAAAUAAACAAUUUAAAUG